CUAAGCUCUCAUAUGUUGAGAAGUUGUUCUGACGCAUGUGCGCACGCAUACCAGUAAAAGGAUAAAAGAACAAGUGAAAUCUUGGCGGCUCCCAUGUAAACGGAAGAACAUAAAUCCCGAUUCCCAAGACAGCGCCUCCGCAAUUCAAACGGAAUUCUCACCGGAAAACAAGUGCCGGCCACCAUGACAGGAAAGUUCAGAUCAGGGGAGAGUUUAAUUCCAUGUAAGGUUGAAGAAGACCACCAACCUCAGCGAGGAUUUAUGGCCGGUAUAAAUGUCCGUUAUCAACCAGUUGUUCUCGAAGCGAACCAAAGACCUGGGCUUGCGAGAGCAGAAGGCCUACAAGGGAUGCAUUCUAUGGUAUACCAGACUCGUUGUUCUAGUGACAAGGAGAAACCAAAGUACAUGGUUUGGACAAACGAAAUGGACAAGUGCCUCACUGAGGUACUUGCUGAGCAAGUGAAAAAGGGGAACAAAAUGGAUAACAUGUUGAAGCCAGCAGCAUUUUCAGGUGCACUGAAAACACUGAACGAAAAGUAUGGUAUGUAUGUGACCAAAGGACAAAUAAAAAAUCGACUGAAGACAUUGAGGAAACAGUUUGGGGUUUUAAAGGAACUCCUUGCUCAAAGGGGUUUUAUGUGGGAUGACACAAAAAAGAUGGUUGUUGCUGAUAACUCUGUUUGGAAUGACUACAUCAAGAUGCACCCUGAUGCAAGGAUUUUUCAGGCAAAAUCUAUAGAAAACUAUGACCAAUUAUGUAUUAUCCUUGGAAAUGAACAAGUAAUUGCAAGCCUUUCAGAUAAUGUUACAGACACAGAUGUAAACUUUGGUGAUGAUAAGAGGGACCCAGAUCUUGCCAUUGUAUCUGAAGUACAUCAUGAUGGAAACCAGACCAAAAGCCUCAGGUGGACAGUUGAAAUGGACCAUUGGCUUGGAAAGAUUCUUGUUGAUCAAGUGAAGAAAGGCCUUAAGGUAGAUAAAGUUUUGCUGACAGAAGCAUAUGAAGCGGCCGUUUCAGUAGUAAAUGCAAAAUUUGGGCUUCAUCUGGCAAAAUUCAACAUUAAAAAUCGUCUUAAAACUUGGAAGAAACAGUAUGAGCAGUUAAUGGAAAUUCUGUCUCAUACUGGAUUUAAGUGGGAUAAAAGAAAGAAAAUGAUCAUUGCCAAUGAUUCUACAUGGAAUGACUACAUCCGGAUGCAUCUUGAUGCAAGGACUUUCCGCGGUAGAGUUUUUGAGAACUAUGAUCAAUUCUGCAUUAUCUUUGGCAAUGAACCUUUGCAUUGGGAUGAAUCUGAGCCUUGUGAUGCAGUUAACUAUGAUAUCAAUGUUAGAGAUCCAGGAAGGCAAGUGCGGUGGACAAGUGACAUGGACAGUUGUUUAUGUGCAAUCCUUGUGCAGCAAAUAAAAAAAGGCAACAGAAGCGAAUUUGACUACAAAUGGAGGCCUGCUGCAUUUGAAGCAUCUGUCCUGGCUAUUAAUGAAAAGUUUAAGCUGUAUUUGACGAAAGAUCAUGUGAAAAAUCGUCUAAAAACAUGGAAAAGACAGUAUGAUAUUCUGAAGAAACUUAUGAACCACAGCGGAUUUGAAUGGGAUGAAAAGCGAAAAAUGGUCAUUGCAAAUGAUUCUGUAUGGAAUGAAUAUGUUAAGAAUAACCCUGAUGCUCGGUUCCUUAAAGGACGAGUUAUCAGAAACUACAAUGAAUUGUGCAUAAUUAUAGGUCAUUGUGAUCCACAUGAUAGUCCCAUGAGUGGUGCUUGUGCUACUAUGGGUAUGACUACAGACAAUGGUGUUAUGGAGGUUCAAGAGACAAACUGCCGUAGAACCAACUAUGCAAAAGAAAAAGGAAAUAGUGUGACAUGGACAGAUGAGAUGGAUCAUUACUUGACAGAGUUGCUAGUCGAUCAAGUAUUGUUGGGAAACAAGCUAGAGAAAAAUUUCAAGACCUCAGCAUAUAUGGCUGUUGUAACUGCUCUAAAUGAGAGAUUUGGCCUAAAUAUAACCAAAGAAAACAUUAUAAGCCGAUUGAACAUAUGGAAAAAACAGUAUGGCCUUUUGAAAGAAAUGCUCUCUCAAGGGAGUUUUGGGUGGGAUGAGGAAUGUAAGAUGAUUGUUGCAACCGACUUAGAAUGGAAUGAAUACAUUAAGAAACAUCCGGAUGCUAGGCAUUUGAGAGACCAGCGCAUAGCGAACUACCAUGAAUUAUGUAUGAUUGUUGGUAAUGAGCAAGGAAUUGGAAAUUGGUCCGAAAACUCUGAGAGGUUUGAUGUAAAUAUUACACCUAACUAUGAAGAGCAUGCAGAAACUCCAGCACUUGUGUUGCCUAAUGCAGAGCUGAGCCAUGAUGAUGAUGCAAGUGAUGAAGUGCAGGGGUCAUCUGAGCAAACAAGGGCGAGACCUUCAUCAUCACAAUCACAUUCGGAGCAACCGUCAAAACGAAGGCGCACUUGUGAUGUUUUGCUACAAAUGAUGAGUGUUAUGGCCGCAGAUAUAAGUCGGAUAGCUGAUGCAUUAACUGAAACUAACAACAGAGUGUGCUUAGAGGAAGUGGUAGAAAAGGUACAAAAUAUGCCUGACUUUGACGAUGAUCUCAUCAUCGAAGCUUGUGAGUAUUUAUGUUUUGAUGAGAAGAGGGCAUUCAUGUUUUUGAAAUUAGAAGACAGAUUAAGGAAAAAGUGGUUACUGAAACGAUUGCGAGGUCAAUAAGAUAGUUUCACAGAUUUUAUUUUAUUUUACUUUUUUGUAUGUAGGUUGUUAAAAGAAAAUAGUUGCUUGAAGAUGUUUUUAUGAAUUUCUUCUUGGCAUGUACUUACUCUAGGUACACCCUAGUUUAGGUUGUUACUUUGUUAUAAGAAAACUAACGUUAAGGGGGAAGUGGGAAAAAGUUAUGGAAUGACAAGGUGCUUCAACUUUCCUUCUUCUGAUGUUUGUUUAUUGCCUUGUACUUUCCUGGGCAAUAACUUAUCAUUGUUAUAACCAUGGGGUCUGAUUUUGUGUUGAGUAAA